AUGCAUCAGGCUUGCAAGCAUCCGUGGACUUCAAUGAAGGGUUGGAUCAAGUUCAUAGUUCUGCUGUGCCAUCCUCCGGUGUUGAAAGUCGGGACCAGUCCUGCCUCAAUUACCAAUUCCUCUCUGUCUACGAUCUCAGCUGACCUUGUUGUGCACAACCUCUCCAAUCUGGCUGGCUCAGAAAAGCUAUCCACUGAACUCUGGUCGAGGCAGGUAUCAUUCGGUCAAUGGUCACUUGGACUAGGGGCCAAUGUCUUCUUUGAACUGUUUCCACAGGCCUGCUCAAAAUGCUUAAUCGUCUGUCAGCCAAAGUGGUAUGAGGAGGAGAUACUCCGAGUAAGAAUUACAAGAAUAUCAGCCUGA